GAUGGGGUGUUCCCUCCCGGGUGCUUCUCACCCUGCCUACAGCCGGCACGCCCCACUGUAGUGUGAAAGGCAUUUGGUAGAGAUGGCUGACAGCCCUAUCUAUUCAACCCUAGAGCUGCCUGCCCCACCUCAAGUCCAAGAUGACUCCAGAUGGAACCUCAAAGCAGUCUUACACCGGCCUCGUCUUUCCUGCCUUGCGAUGGUGGCUUUGGGGCUGUUGACUGUGAUUCUCAUGAGUCUACUGAUGUACCAACGGGUCCUGUGCUGUGGCUCCAAGGACUCUACGUGUUCCCACUGUCGCAGCUGCCCUAUCCUCUGGACGAGGAAUGGCAGCCACUGUUACUAUUUCUCAACGGAGAAAAAGGACUGGAAUUCUAGUCUGAAAUUCUGUGUGGACAAAGGCUCACAUCUCCUUACAUUUCCGGACAAUCAGGGAGUGGUUAUCAAAAGCAAACCUUCUUCGCCUCUGGUUUCUUACAGGAUUCUUACCAACAGCUUGAUACAGAGGUGCGGUGCCAUCCACAGAGCUGGCCUCCAAGCCUCCAGUUGUGAAGUUGCUUUGCCGUGGAUCUGUAAGAAGGUCCUAUCCUGAUGGAUGCUACUACGUCCUGAGCCUCAGAUCUGCCACAUGUCUUUAAAAAGAGGGGAUGGGCCUGGGGAAUCUCUGUCCACGAAUGUGUGUUUAACAAAUGCCAAACCUGUUAUGAUAUGCCAUUAGACAGAUGAUCAGCAUGCCUUCCUGGGAGUUGGCCUUUUCCUUCUGGGCUUUCUCGGCGACUGAUUAAGUAUUAUUAAGUAGCCAUUUGAAGCCUAAAUCUGGACAAACGAAAUAGAUAAAGUUUAUUUUAAUGGAUCUUACUGCAGAUACCCACCCUGGCUCUCUCAUCCUUUCCUCUGCCCUCUCUGAAAAGAUAUGUGGAAAACUAUUCAUCCGCAGAAGAAUGGACCCCUGCCACGUUCGGUAACAUGCUACAUAGGCAUCAACAAGACACAGAGAAACAAAUACCUGACAUCCUCAGUCCUGCUUGGGAACUGAACAAGCUCGGGCCUGAUUGUAGGGAGAAGCGUAGGGAUUACCAGGGUCCAGAGUGAUGGGUGGUAGUAGAGGUUGGGUAAUGGUUUGGCUGGAGUGAGGUGAC